AUGUAUAUUAUUAAAAACCUAUGUAUUUUUAUUUGCAUGAUCUCGGGUGUCAAGUUGGAAGUCGGCCCAGACUUUAACUGCACUAGAUAUGACUCCACAUUGGGCGACCAUGUCUGGUUACCAUCCGCUGUUGCCUGCGACAACGUUUACCCGGAUUAUGUUUGCCAAAAUCUCAUGUUAGCUGGGCCUCCACCUCGUGUGGGGAUCAGUGAAAUCCGCACCUACAGGUGCUGGAGCGAAUUACCAAAUCCAGUACCCCCUUAUUCGGCUCAUCCGGAUGUCAUCAGAGAUGCUGCAUUAGCAUGCCCGAAGACUUGUGCACUUUGCUGUAUGACUAGUGCCUAUAACUGCCGAAAUGCUGAGUUUCCCCGGCUCAACUGUGCCACCAUCGUUCCUGCUCAGUGUAGAGAUCAACGCUGGCGAACAAUAAUUGCACAAGAUUGCCCAUCGGCUUGCGGAUUCUGUAAUCUUGGAGGAUGUGUAGACGCAGUGGCUGACUGUGCAAAUGACCCCUCAAUCUGUAACUCGAUUGGAAUGCAGGUCUUCGUGAACCAGAACUGCCAACGGACAUGCUCCAGGUGUCCAUCUUCCACCAGUGCUCGAAUUUCUUCCUCGACAACUUCUAUCACUUCCACUUGUAGCUCGUACAACCCAGAUUCCAGUUCUUCGUGUGCUGCGUGGGCGGCCAAUGGCUUUUGCACUAACACCCACUAUACGGUAGCAAGACGAAAAGCAACAUGCGCAACUACUUGCAGAAUUUGUUAA